AUGCAGAUAAGAGACCUGGGUGAAUUCGGCCUCAUCGAACGGCUGAACAGCAUGGUAACACGGGGUCGGCGUGGGCCAGACAACGGCGCCACUCACAAUUUCCGGUUGCUGGUGGACACCGGCGAUGAUACGGCAGCCUGGACGGCGGCCGAUGCCACCGAACUCUUCACCACCGAUACCGUGGUUGAAGGCAUCCACUUCACUCGCGAAACCACUCCCUGGCCCGACUUGGGGUGGAAAUCCCUUGCUUCCAAUAUCAGCGACAUUGCCGCCAUGGGCGGCUUGCCCCUGUAUGCCCUCAUCACCCUUGGCCUGCCUCCAGAAACCGAGGUGGCUGAUAUCGAGGAGUUAUACCGGGGGAUGCUGGAAAUUGGCGAGAAGUACGGCGUGGCCAUAGUUGGCGGGGAUAUGGUUCGUUCUCCGGUGAUAUUUAUUACGGUAGCCUUGACCGGUGUGCGAACUGGCUCCCCGAUGCUGCGUACCACCGCCCGGGCGGGCGACCUGGUGGCGGUUACCGGUUUCCUGGGUUCCUCAGGCGGGGGCUUGAAGCUAAUGCUGGAAGGACUGGCGGCGCCCGAGGAUGCCGCCGCAUUCCUGCGGGAAGCCCACCGGCACCCUCAUCCGGCGGUAGCCGAGGGCCAAAUGCUUUCUCAGUCCGGUGUAUUGACGGCCAUGGACGUGAGUGAUGGCCUUGCUGAUGACCUGUCGAAGUUGUGCCUGGCCAGUGGCCUCGCGGCCCGAAUCUACGCCGAUCAGGUUCCCGUGCAUCCAUACCUACGGCAGGCCUUUCCAGAUGACUAUCUCGAAUCGGCCCUAAACGGCGGCGAAGACUACCUGCUCUUGUUUACGGCACCGGAGGAAACUGUGAAGGAAGUCCUGCCCAACCUGCCGGAAGGUGCGGCCUCCAUUGGAGAAAUAGUCGAUGGACCGGCCGGUCAGGUUACGUUGGUUUCGCCCAAUGGUGAAGAAACUGUGGUUAGCCGUGCCGGCUGGGACCACUUCGGGUAA